AUUCUUAUCGACAUCAAAUAUCUACAAUAAAUAGAAUUAAAAAAGUAGAUAAUUUAAUUCAAAUUAAUGAAUUUAAUACUUCUAUGAAUUUAAUAGAAAUUGAUGAAUCUAAUAUUUCUAUGGAUUUAAUAGAAAUUGAUGAAUUUAAUAUUUCAAUAUCUGAUACAAAUAAUAAAUCUAAUAGUUCUAUAACUUUAAUAGAAACUAAUAAUUUAGUAAAUUUAAUAGAAUUAAUUGAAACUCUAAAAAAGGAAUUAACUGAAGAUGAUUUAAUUGAAAUUAAUCAACAAUUUAUAGAUAUUAAA